AUGUCUUCUGGUGAUGACCUAGAAGUUUGGCAGGCCGGUGCCUGCGCAGCGUUGGGUGUCGAUCUUGUAACUCACCCUCUGGAUACUCUCAUCACUCGCAUUCAGUCUCCUAUGUACAAAACAUAUUACAAGACCGUCACAGGCUCUUUCAACCGCACAUUCUUCAAAGGGCUUUAUCAGGGAUUUGGACCAACAAUCAUUACUGGAAUACCAUCAUCGGCUGUCUUUUUCGCCAUUUAUGAAAGCUUGAAGACUGCGUCUCAGGAUUUGAAGUCAGCAGGGCAUCUUCCAAGUAUUCCACUGCCCAUACUUUAUGGCCUCAGCAGUGCGGCAGCUGAUCUGGUGAGCUGCGCAAUAAUCAAUCCCGCUGAGGUAUUGAAGCAGAACGCCCAGGUUCAUAGCGGACGCGCAUUGUCCAAUGUGGCAAAGCGGUCCCCUAUUCUUGCAGCUUUGAAGCAUUUCGCAAAACAUCCGACAAGAUUAUGGGCCGGCUACACUGCUCUUGCAGCAAGCAACCUACCUGCGACUAGUCUGACCUUUUGUCUUUAUGAGAUGAUAAAAGAGAGGAUAUUUUCCAAGUAUCCCCAACAACAGGCCAGUACGUCUCGUCAAGUUUCCGUCAGUUCGAUGAGUGGCGCUCUCGCUGGUGGUUUUGCUUGUGUAUUUUUCGUACCUAUAGACAUAGUCAAAACGAGAAUGAGGCUUGCGGCAGGAAAUGUCCUGGAGACUAGCCACAGGUAUUCAGAACGCCCCUCGGUAGAAACACAAACAGGAUUUCUCAAGUCCGCCCCUUCUAAACUGAAUCUUGGCCCACUAGGUGUGGCAAGAGGUAUAAUGCAAAAGGAUGGCAUUAGAGGCUUAUUUAGAGGAGCCACUAUGAGCUUCAUCGCGUCAGCUCUAGGAGCUGGACUCUACCUGGGUUCAUAUGAGGCUUUUCUCAUAUACUUCAAUGAACCGAAUAGAGUAUCGUCGAAUGUGGCGCACUUGUAA